UAAUAAAAUGCCACUGAAAAAGAAAGGCAAAGUUUCGAAGCUUGCUCGGAUGAGCGAUGAGGAACGCGCGAGGUAUUUGCAGCAUCGCGCCGACCUUGAAUUGGAAGCUCGACGGCGCAAACAACAGCUGAUAGCGCUCUUUGCCAAGAAUAAAUUAAAACGCGAAGAAGCUUUUGCGCGCAUCAACACCGCAAAGAUAAACGAACAAUGGCGAACGAGCUUGCGAAAAAUGAAGUGUAUCGAGUUGAAGGACGAAGUGAAACAUCUGUGCCAAGAUUUUGAGGAGCAACUGAGGACAAAGGAUGACUUGAUCAAGAAAUUGUACGACGAGCUGGUGGACGCGGAUUUCGAUCACCGCCGAUUUCAGGAAGCUCACAUGAUGGUUCUGGACGAGAUCAUAGAAAGGGGCAAAGAGCGGAUCAAUUACCUGCACAACAAUUACACCAAGGCAGUCGAGAAGGUCCGAACGGUGGACUUGGAAGACUUAAAGUAUCACAAGCUAAACAUGAAAGAUUCCAUAUUUCAAUUGAAAACUAUUAUAUUUGCCAGAAGUAAGAGCAUAGAGAAGGAAUUGUCAGAAUUGCAAACGAAAAACGCCAUCAAUAUUCACAGUAUUGUGCAUUCGAAAGAAGAAUCGAUACAAGAUUUACGGCGCAACAUAUAUCCAAAAUUGGAAAGACUGUGGCAGGAGUUGAAUGACACCAUAACGAAUUACGAAAGAUCGACCGAGGCCAAACGAAAGCAUUACGAAUGCCUGAAGGAACUGGACAACAUACAUCAGAACGAAGUUUCGCUAUUUCCUCGAACGUUUGCACAGCUGAGAGAGACUGCGGAAUGCCUGAGAAAGAACAGCCUGAGAUUGAGCCAGGACAGUGAAGAGACCAUUGAAAGUAUGAGGUUGCAGUCGGAGCUGCUGGCCAGACGCUUGCAGAAGAUGAGACUGGAAAUCAAAACGUGCCAGUCUUUGGAUUCGAUGCAGCUAAAGCGCCUAAGUGUUCUGAGUGCCGAAGUCAUCAAGAACUUGGAAAAAAUAGUCAACAAAGCCGAGGAAAUUCAAGUGAUGGCAAAAUUGUGUUCCGAUUUAGAGCCGGAUUCGCUAAAGAUUAAAAAAUAUUCGUUAAAACAUUUAGGAGACUCCACAACAGACUUGAUGAAAUUAAAUGAAGAACCAUUUGGUUUUCUUCGUAAAAUCGAAGGUUUUCGGUACAAUGUGUGUUGCAUUAAAGAAGACAACAUAUUAUUGAAGCAAAAACGCAAUCACCUUAUUGAAGAAAAUAAUCGGUUGAAGCAUUACUUGAGAACUUAUUUGUCGUCUGUUUCGCGGAUACCAACUAUUAGACCACGUACACGAGCUUAGAAAAAAGUGUUGGUU